UUGGUUCCGGUAAAUGGAAACGAGAUCUCUCAAAAGCUUCUCGAGAUUUUGUAAGAGCUGUAAGAAUUGGAAUCGAAAGAAGAAGAGAGAAGAAAGUGAAGAAAAUGGCGUUGAGCUCGUUGACAUGGGGUUACGCACGGAUCAUAGCUGGAACACUUGUCGGUGGGGCUCUAGGAUUCUACGUAAUGCAUCGAAUCGAAGUUAGCUACAAGAUGAAGAUGGAGGAAGCGUUGAAGCAAUACGAGAAGGAAAAGCUGAAGAGACAAGAAGAAGAGAAUCUUAGUCUGAUCAAUGAAGAUUCCGUUUAGUCUUUUUUUUUUACUUAUUUAUUUUUGAGUUUCGUGGGAGCAUGCCUUCAAAGUGUUCGACGAAAUGCCCAA